AGUCCAUUUCGUUCCUUCGGUCACUUUAGACAUUGACUCGUCUCCAUCCUCACAUCAUUUCUACCCCCUUUAUCUUCUUCUCUUUCUCUCCAUCCAUAUUUUUUCCAGAGUGGAUCUAAACCUGCACCAGGCACAUUAAGGACAGGAGGGGAUUUCAAGAAAGCCAUGAAAGACCUGCCCAGGGUCAAGCCAAUGGACCCAUCCUGAAAAGUGUUUUAUCAGUAAGACAAACCUGACUGCAGAGAAAAUUAAGAUCCAAGGACAAAAGAAGGACAAGGAGGAAGAAAGAAGAUGGAUCCUUAUCUUGCUGUACUUCUUCAUCACAAGUAAAGAAGGGAGGGAAGACGUUUUAUUGUCAGACAACAGUUCAGGUGUCGCUUUCUGCUUCUGCAUUUCAAAAACAUCUGAUCUACAAGAAAACUAAUUUGAAAGAGAAAGAGAACAAGCCCAAGAGACUUGGUGCAGAGACUCAUGCCCUGCACACAGAUGCUUUCCUAGAGGGAAUCAGUGGGUGAACCAGCCUUCUUAACUUCAUCACUCUGAGAGAAUUCAGUUCAAUACAGUUGAAGAGAGCGCCAUGAAAAGCUUAAAUCUCGGCUGGGGAUUGCUGGUGCUUCUGCUGCUCUGGGCCUUGUCAGUCGUUGCUGACGCAGCUGCUGCUACAAGCACAGAACGAGGAGGAGCUGGAAGAAGCCAAAGAAGAGGAGGAGGAGGCGGCGGUGGAGGAGCGGAGAAGAGAAGGAGGUACCAUCGCAUCCAACACGGCCAGUGCAAGAUGGACCAAUCUGGUGGCUCUCGCAGCGGGACGAGUGUGGUGCAGAGAGACUCGCCACCUAUGGACAGUGACUGGUCAGCUCAGAAACUGCAGCACCUGGAGAGCACAAUGGAGAACAACACCCAGUGGCUGCAGAAGUUGGAGAACUUCAUCCAGAGGAGCGUGAGGCCCGACAUCGCUAACAUACCGUCACAUGUUGUUCACAACCAGACAGCCACCAUGCUGGAGAUUGGGACGAACCUCCUGACACACACGGCGGAGCAGACACGCAAACUCAAUGUGGUCGAAGCCAAGGUGCUGAACCACACAUCUCGCAUAGAGAUUCAACUUCUGGAGAAUUCUCUGUCCACCAAUAAGCUGGAGAAGGAGCUGUUACUGCAGACCUCAGAGAUCAGUCGGCUGCAAGACAAGAACAGUCGUCUGGAGAGUAAGGUGCAGCUGUUGGAGUCUCAGCAGAGAGGAGAGCUGGAGGACAUGAGGGAGGAGAAGAAAAGACUGCAGUCUGUCAUCAGGACCCAGAUGGCGGCCAUCGAGUCUUUGGAGAAGCAGCUGAGAGUCGCCAGCAGCAACAACUCGGCUCUGCAGAGGCAGCAGGCUCAGCUGAUGGAGUCGGUGCACACACUCAUCAGCAUGGUGACUACCACGACAGGGUCACCUCCGAGGACCCAGAUGUGGAGGGACUGUGCAGAUGCUUACAAGGCCGGCCACUCAGUCAGCGGCCUGUAUCACAUCUACCUCAGCAACAGGACUGAACCUGUGCAGGUGUACUGCGACAUGGAGACAAGUGGUGGCGGCUGGACGGUGUUCCAGCGGCGAUUUAACGGCAGCAUGGACUUUCAGAGGAGCUGGAGGGAGUACAAGAUGGGCUUCGGGGACGUGCUGGGAGAGCACUGGCUGGGCAAUGAAGUUUUGUACCUGCUCACCAGUCAGGGCCAGUACUCUCUGAGAGUGGAGCUGAGGGACUGGGAGGAAAACCCCGCCCACUCCCAGUACGACCGAUUUACACUGGCCAGUGAGCGGCAGCAGUACAGGUUGUACCUGAGAGGUUACAGCGGCACAGCCGGGAGGCAGAGCAGCCUGGCCACACAGGGGACGGGCUUCAGCACCCGAGACCAGGACAACGACAACUGUGACCACUGCAAAUGUGCCCUGAUGCUCACCGGAGGGUGGUGGUUUGACGCCUGUGGUUUCUCCAACCUGAACGGUAUUUACUACACCGUCGGUCACAACAUCAGGAAGCUCAACGGGAUCAAGUGGCACCACUUCAGAGGCCCCAGCUACUCCUUGCGCUCCACUUCCAUGAUGGUGCGACCCUACGACUUCUAAUGCCGCUUCACCUUCAGACCCUCCAAUGUCAGGUGCUACAACCCCGUGGCUCCCAGUGUUCCUCCAGAAUGCCUCUCUAAUGAUGUGGAACUUGUAAAAAAAACACUCGGCUCCAGCGUCAUGAUGGUCCACUGCCUCACAGCUGAUAACAACACCACUUUGGAUCCACAGUGUCACAAACCUGCCUGUAGCAGAUCCUGUGAAGGUAAAACCCAGCUGAGUGCCGAGCACCCGUCUGAUCCGCCUUCACGCUUUUUGAAAGCCUUGAAUGUCUCCUCUCUGGGACCCUGGAUCCAUGAGGGCUGCAUUAUACUAGAAAGGUAUGCGUUUGUACAACUUGUCUUCAGACACUCUCUCCUGGAAGACUUUCUCAUUUAAACACUCGAUUGUAUACGUGAAAGGAGACAGUUAUGUCAAAAAUUUAAAAAGAGAGCAAGGUUGCUGUCUCACACCUGUAUAACUGGCCAUUUGUGGGGUGAUGUGGGUGAAAGGUGUUGAAGUUCUCCCAAUUCUGACAUCAUAAAGGUGUUUGACCAUCUCACAAGCACAGCGGUCAAGUCAAAUCGCUUUAAAUUGUUAUAGCAGACAGUAUCCGACGCCCUCUGUCCUUAGACUCCCCAGAAGAUUUUAAACAGGAAAAAAUGGAAGAAGGCUCCAGAAGAGCAACAGAGGAGGGAUCUUUCUUCAGGACGGACCGACAGGAAACACAUGUUGUGUGUACAGCACAGAGAAAAAUGGUAGAUUUACAGUAUGGACAAAAUAAUAGACUGUAAACAUACAUGGCGAACAUGAACCGGGGGGAGACGCGCCAGCAGACCUGUGCUACACAACUUCCUGUCCACCACGUAGGCCUGGAAGAGAACACACAAGAGGCAGAGAUCACACACAGCAUAAUGAGCUGUACUCCUCCGUCUGUCUGGUGGGUCAGUAGCUAUGGAGCUAAUCCCCUGUAGCUUCAGAACAUCCCUCUGUUCCCACUUCUGCAGAGCCCUUCCCCUGUUGUGAUGAGUGACGCCUCCAGAUCAACCACAGAUAAUUUCUCACUGUCUUCUAUGGCAAGAAAAUUUUGUACGUAAUAAGGCUUCUCAUACAAGACUUCUGCAUGUCAGUAAGAAAUGGAUAACUGGGCCAAAUGUGUAGUUUGGAUGAGAAAGGUCAGUUCACUCAAAUACUUUGAUUGUUAAUUAACUGGACUUUUAAUGCCAGUGGGUGAAAUACUAAUGUUUACACACAAUAAUCAACAGUUUUACCCAUGUGAACGGUGAAAGUGUUGCAUCCUGUCGCUUCAGAAAGGCAGAAACAGUGAGGCUGAGGAUUGAGUUGAUGAGCUGGAGUCGCAUCAGGAGCCACAGUCUCCAGCAGGAUGGGGUGUGGUUUGGUUACAGCGGGGGCCCGAGCUUCCCUGGACAGGGAGCCCACAGGCCACUAAAACAGAUAAAUCUCCCUCCCCGGGUCAUGUUUUUAUCAAAGACACCUGAAGACCACAAAGAAACUUGUAAUUUAUGAACAUGUAAAUUGCCUUAACAGCAAAGCGGACACACAGUACUAGUGCAACGCCCUGUUCUCACCAUGUGCACGGACGACUAAAGCACAGACACAGAAGUGGGUUACUGAGACUUGCAGCAGGAGGGACAUUGCACAUCAUGGUUCUAACUGUUUCUCUGGAAGGGAAACAAUAAUGGCAAGCAGGCUGAAUUUUUGUGUGGGUAAGUCAUGACACGUCCCUAUCGUUUGCCAGAGGAUGGACAUGGCAACACUUAAAGCCUUGAACAUAUUUUAACCUCCACUGUGUAUUUAUGAAGAGUGAAGAGAAGAAACAGAGGAACAGAAGACAAACAUGGGAAGAGAACACAAUAACACACUAAAAACUAAAUGGACCCUUUUCCCAGUUUCAGUUUGGAUAAAAUGUUUGGCCUUUUGAGGGAAAAAGGAAACAGAAUUAAGAUUCAGCCGAGUCCAGAUUGUGAAUCAGAGAAAUGUUGUUUCAAUAACCUUUCUAAUCCAAACAACCUGGUUAUAGUUGUGUUUGCGUUUGGUUCUGUAUUUUGACACACACCCACUAGUGGCACUCACAUAGACAUUAAACUAGUUA